UGCAAGACUCAAAACCACAUUUCUCGUGAGAGUGAUUACGUACAAUAUUACAUCGAUGCGCACAAAGUUCAUGAAGUCUCGCGCAAUGUUUCUUGCCACAGGAGAAAUUUCAGGGCGGGUCUAUUGGAUUCCGUUACUGCGGUUAAAUCUCAGAUGGCUUCGGGACUUGCUGCACGUCAAUCGUGACAACAAAGCGAAGCCGUACCUGUGUCCGCAUUCUAGAAAUUCUCACGAAGGUCGACACAAAGAGCAGAAAACGCCCGAAAAAGAUGCGCAUUACAAAUUUGACAGCGGGGUCCAGAGGUGGAUGCAUUGUGGGACAAGGUCGGUUCACCGUAACAUGCAGACAGGCCACGCUAGGCUGGGCACCCCUUUACGACUAGCUGUUAAAUUGUUCGAAGCUAAAAGUACGACGUGACAGGCGGCGGCGUUUCCUGUUCCAUCUGCUCGCCGUCGAGGCAAACGACUGCCAAAUGAGAUUCGGCAUGGGCACGUUUAUGCAUUGCAUUGCACUUUGUUAAAACCAGUCACCUUACUUACCCAAAUAUAUUAUUCAAAUAU